CAGAGGAGAUCCAGAGGGGAGAGAGUGUGGGGUCUCACAUUCCCCUCUGCUUUGUCUCUUUCUUUUCUUUCAGUAUAGCAGAUUGCAGCGCUUUCUUGCAGCAGUGUGCAGCUCACAGAGGGUGUGACGUGGGUGUGACUGACAGUGCAAUUACCCAUUUCUGUCUGAGCUCAGGAAACCGCCUCUUCCAGAGAGGAAGGUGCCUCACCCUUUGCAGAAGCAGCAGAGUGAAAGGGCUGUACAGUUCUGUUUUAAGAUGGCUCAAUGUGUGACCAAAGUCCAGCUGUCCAUCUCUUGCUCAGAUCUGUUGGAUAAAGACAUUGGAUCCAAAUCUGAUCCCCUUUGUGUGGUUUUACAAAGCAUUGGUGAUGGAAAGUGGUCAGAGUUGGCCCGGACAGAGAGGAUCAAGAACUGUCAGAGCCCAGAGUUCUCCACAAAACCAGUUAUUGAUUAUUACUUUGAGAAAGUGCAGAGUAUCAAGUUUGGAGUCUAUGACAUUGACAACAAAUCUGUUGAUCUGAACGAUGAUGAUUAUCUUGGAGGGUUUGAGUGUACUCUUGGUCAGAUUGUGUCCAGUCGUAAAUUGAAAGGGCCACUGGAACUGAAGAAGGGAAAACUUGCUGGAAAGGGCAUGAUUACCAUCACUGCAGAGGAGAUUAAAGACACUCGGGUUGUGAUUUUAGAAGUGGAGGCAAGGAACCUAGAUAAAAAGGAUUUUCUUGGUAAGUCUGAUCCAUUCUUGGAACUGUUCAGACAAGGCGAUGAUGGAUCCUGGCAGCUGGCUUACAGGUCAGAGGUGAUCAAGAACAAUCUUAAUCCCAUUUGGAAAAAGUUCAGUGUUCCCUUACAGAGUUUAUGUGGUGGGGACAUGAACAGACCCAUCAAGGUACACUGUACUGAUUAUGAUAGCGAUGGCUCUCAUGACUUGAUAGGCAUAUUUGAGACUAACUUGUCUCAGCUGCAGAAAGCAGGAGGAGGUUCUCCGGUUGAAUUUGAUUGCAUUAAUCCCCAGAAGAAGCAAAAGAAAAAGAGUUACAAGAACUCUGGUGUCGUUCGUAUCAAGUCAUGUAAAAUAGACGUGGAGUAUUCAUUCCUGGACUACGUCAUGGGGGGCUGCCAGAUCAACUUCACUGUGGGCAUAGAUUUCACUGGCUCCAAUGGAGAUCCAAAGUCGCCAGACUCCCUACACUACAUCAGCCCAACUGGUGUUAAUGAGUACCUGACUGCUAUCUGGUGUGUGGGCAACGUGGUGCAAGACUAUGACACAGACAAACAGUUCCCAGCAUUUGGCUUUGGUGCUCAAGUCCCUCCAAACUGGCAGGUGUCUCAUGAGUUUGCAUUAAACUUCAACCCCAGCAAUCCCUAUUGUCCAGGUGUACAAGGCAUUGUGGAUGCAUACCGCCAAGCGCUGCCACAGGUCCGCCUUUAUGGUCCAACAAACUUUUCUCCCAUCAUCAACCAUAUGACUAAGUUUGCAGCAGCUGCUGCACAGCAGAAAUCCGCAUCUCAAUACUUUGUGCUUUUAAUUAUCACUGAUGGAGAGAUUACUGAUCUGAAUGACACCAGGAAUGCCAUUGUCCAAGCCUCAAAGCUUCCCAUGUCCAUCAUCAUUAUUGGAGUGGGAAAUGCAGAUUUCAAGGCCAUGGAAUUUCUUGAUGGAGAUAAUGGUGUUCUGAAGGCCUCCAGUGGGGAAGCUGCUGCCAGGGACAUUGUCCAGUUUGUGCCAUUCCGUCAAUUUCAGAAUGCCCCACGUGAAGCCCUCACUCAGGCUGUUCUUGCCGAGAUCCCUAAACAGCUGGUCUCUUAUUUCAAGUUGUUGGGAUUGCUUCCUGUGAAUCCUCCACAGCCGAAGACUGCAUAGGAAUUGGCUAACUCCAUGGAUUAGGUGCUACUACAACAAGGAGAAUCUAAUACGUUGCAUAUUCCACGUUCAUAGACUUGUUAUGGCAUCUGGUAUUCUAGCACCCUACCUUUCUCUGCAUAAAGCAGUAUAGAAAGAUUCUUUCAAUGGUCAUUCCUAGUAAGCAUCGGUAAUACUGAAGCUGUAAAGGUCCUCUGUGUGUUUUUCUUUUUGGGCUCAGAUUAUGGGCUGUAUAGUCUAACCAUAAUUUGGAGUGUUGGUUUAUAUCUAAGUAAUGUGUAAAAUGAUUCACAGAGUAUAAUACUGCAUAUCUUAUGCUUCUGCUACUGCAGAGUUAAGCAGAUAAGUCAUUCGUCAUCAUUUAUGACUGUAGUUACUGAUGUUUUGUGCAAGGACAGUUAUAUACAAUUCCUCAUUUAUAGUAAGACUGUUCUAAUGCCUUUAGCGAAGACCAAAAACUUGUUACACCCAAUCACUAGGCUAAGAGGUGUUCAGUUUUCCACUGAACAGGCCUGAUGACCACUUGCCUCACUACAAAAUCCCUCCUGAGACAGAAUUGUUAAGUUCUACUAGUUUCACAUGUGUGUAUAUAUACUUUUAUUAAAUUCUUAGUGAUCUUUGUUUUACGCACAUGUCUGCAGGAACAUCCUGUUUAUCCAUAAGCAUUAGAGGACUUCGUUAAUACCACCUUAUGCAAAAUAUCUGUUAUACUGAGAGAAGAUGAUGCUUCAUAUUAUUAAAUUGCUAGCAUGCCAUGUAUUUAAAAAAAAAAAAAAAUGUUCCUUGCUAUGCAUGGUCUUUUUGAAUAAGUGCCUUUUCCUGGAUUGCAACCUUCAGUAGGUUAAUUGAUGCCACUUUUUACUGCUCUUUCCUACUUUUGGGGGUAUAUGGUGCCUUUAUUUGCUGUGAAAAUGAAUCUUACGUUUCUGUUCCGUUUCCAGUUUGCUGUGAUCUGCAGCACUAGAAUAUAUUAAUGACCCAUGUUGGUGUUUUUGUUGAGCACAUAGUUUAUGAGAGAGGGGAAAAUAUGUCCUGUAUUUUGGGUUCUUUUGCCAAAAGUGUCCUACUUUCUGCAGUGCCUAGAGAUUAAGGGGCAUAUGCAAUUAGCUCUGUUUUUUCGCCUAGGUGAAAAAAACUGAGCUUUUUCGCUAUUUUGAGGGCGAAUGGAGAUUCGCCCUAUGCAAUUUUUUGCCUAGGUGAAAAAUGUGACCGGCGCGGAAAACACGUGGAUCAGCAAAUCCACUUGUUUUCCGUCAAAUGCAAGCCAUUUUCGCAGAUUUUGAGGCAUUUUUUGACAAUUCCUUUUCACUUAAUAAAAGAAGGUGAAAAGGCAUUGGCGAAAAUGCCUUAAAAACUGCUGAAAACGGCCCUAAAUGAAUGAGUGGGGCGAAUUCAUUACCUCUGAAAUGUAAUCGGAACUAAUUGCAUACGCCCCUAAGUUGCUCACAUUACAGGGGCUCAAUGUCUUUUUUUUUUUUUUUUUUGUAUUUCUUGCCUUGCUAUGUUUUAUGCAGCUACUUAGGUCAUAUUGUAGGUAGAACAUAUGGUAAACAUGCAGACUAGUUGUAUAAACAUAAUGUCAUUGUUUCAUCUACUGAGUUUGGGGGAGAGGUGACAGUGAUCAAUUAAACAGGCCACUACAAUAUUGCUGUAUCAUUUGACUUUAUUUUGUAACCUAUUGUUUUUCCUAAGAAUGCAGAAAUAAAAUACUUUUAUUAUUGGUG